AUGAAUAACGAUGAUGAUUUUGGUUGUGUCAAAGUCGAGAUCUCCGACCUUGACAAUAGUUGUCCAAAUGCAACAACACUUAGUUUAAUGAGAUGUAAAAAACAAAUACUUCAUCCAUUUCGUAAUUUAUUAUGUUUAAUUGGUUGGAGGCCAUUUGGUGUCGAUAGUUUAAGACGUUCAUCAAUUUUAAUGCGUAUUUUUAAUAUUAUUUAUCCUCUUUUUAUUUUAAUAUUACUAUUAUUUAAUUAUACGUAUGAAAUUGUCGUUUGUCAAGGAAAGUUGAAUGUUGUUACAGAUACCAAAACAACAACAACUAGUGCUACCACAUUAUCACCGAGCCAAAAUCACACCGUGUUAAAUUGGAGUUCUCUCAUACCUCCAAAACCUUUUCAUAAAAUUAACGUUACUAAUAUCCAGCCAAAUGUAUGCGGUCAUAUAUUUACUACUUAUAUAUUACCUGAUUUAUUACAUUUUGUUGCUUUUAUUAUUGGUUUUAUAUAUUUUCGUGUUACAGAAGGUGAACAGAUGUAUUCUCUUAUGGAAAAAGUUUUUAUUCAUGCUGAUCAAAAUAUGCGACAAUUUAGUCCAAAUCGAGUUAUUCGACGAUUGAAAAUAUUCUUGCUAAUUGGAACUUUUUGGGUUCUUACAUCAGUUGCUACACAUGCAUUAUCAAAUGCAAUGAAUGAUUUUGCACAUCCAUUGAUUUUUGAUAAAAAAAAUCAACUAAAACGAAAGUCUGUGAGAUAUAGUUUAUUUAUUCUUGAUAUUGUAUGUUUACUUUUAUCAAAUUGUAUUCAUUUGGCUAUUGUUAUGAAUUUUGUAUCACAUUGUGAAAUGGUUGUUUUCUAUUGUAAAUCGAUUCGAACACGAUUAGAAGAAAAAUCAAUACAUCUUCUUGAAGCUAUGAAACAAAUUCUUGAUCUUGGCUUAUCUAUUAGUCAAUUAAAUGGUGCAGCUUCACGAAUGAUGUCAAUAUUAGUUGUUUUCUAUCUCGAACGUACAAUACUCGGUAUUAUCUUAUUCAUGGCGAAUGAAAUUAAGGAACCAAUGAUAUAUGCAUAUCGAGUGUUAUAUCCUAUAGUUUGGUUUUCGAUUCUUAUAUUUUGUCUUGGACAAGCAGCACGAGUAACAUCGAAAUGUGAUAAAUUUCAUCGUAUUAGUCUUUCAAUGCGUGUUUAUGGUUAUCAUGCAAUAAGUUCCACUGAUCUGGAUGGUUUUCUAUUGUUUCUCUCAGCAGCUGAAUUGCGUGCGAAACUAUUUGGAUUAACUGUUCGACCGGGUAAAAUUAUUUUCAUACUCGUGACGAUUAUUAUUGUAUGUGUUAUUCUUCUUCAAACAAAUAUUAUUAACAGUUCAAAUCUUUUUCUUCAAUAA